UACAUAGCUCGUUAACUGAAUCAUACAUCGCGGUUAGAUUCUCUUUAAUCCAGCCCGUCCACUUUUUAUCUACACUCCAUCCCUAUAAAAGGGGAAGGCAUUCAAGGCGAGGGCAUCCACACAAAUCUCCAAAGCUUUCUGAGCAUAAGAUUGGUUCGAAUCUAUCAGGCCAGACUUGACCAAAAUCAGCACUAAGAUGAGCCACCUACAAGUGCAACUCCAGAACUUGAAGAGCCGGAUCGGGGUGAAACCCGAAGUGGAAGAGAAUGGCCGACUCUUGCAUCUUCAUAAAGAGAUUGGUGGCUUUAACGAGUGGAUUGUGCUCACUUACAAUCUACAAGUCCUACGUGAGGUCAUCAAUGAGAACAUCAAACUGCGCAAGGAAAUAUUCGAUCUCAUGGGGAAUCUCGUGAGGCUAGUAUUGAUCCGAUGCAAUGUGCUAAAGCCGGAGCAGUGCAUGACAUUCCCUGAGAGCUCUGGUGAUAGCAAGAAUGGCACUUGGUGGGCAUGGCUUUUCGCAAUGUUAUCCCCUAAACUAAUUCAGUGGCCCGGGCCAAGCUUACCAUCCUUCCCCAAUAUUCCUGGGGCACCCUCCUUCCCAAUUGUUCCUGGGGCACCAUCCUUCCCAAACCCUCCUCAAGUCCCGGGGUUUCCUGGCGGGGCAUCAUCUGGCGCUAAUCAAGCUGCCUUCUUGGCAUGGAUGGGGCCUAUGAUGGCUAAUCUUCAGCAGCAGGGGAUAUGCCCUCCGGGCGGCUUCGCACAAUUGCUUGCGACUCUGACUCAAGCUGGUGGUGGGAGCUCGGGAACUGGCUUUCCCAACCCUGACCAACCUGGCUCCUUCCCAUUCGCAUGCACUUAUCCUCCUUUUAACUUCAAUAAAGCAGCGUGAGGAGGUUGUUAGGAUGAUUCCCUCAUACCAAAGGGUCAUGUCAUCAGAUGGAGCUUCCACUGCUGAUACUCUAGUGAUCCCCUGGAAUUUACCAGCGCCUAUGGAGCAAAACAGAAGGUUCUAAUAAGAAAGUCGCACAGCAAUGACAAUGGAGAUUCAUACCAUGUUAAGCAAAGUUAAGAGUCGAUGCUUUUAAGGAACUACCAAGUUCCUCCAAGUAAACUGAAGAUCGAACUUCAUUUUGGAUCUUCAGUUAAACCAAAAAAAAUGUAUGAACAUGUAAUUUCAGCACAUGCAGCUCAAUAAAGGAGAUGAGAUCUCCUGCCUUUUCGUAUUUGGUUUAAUGCUAUGGGAUGUGUUGUUGUAUGUGGGUGGAUGUACUAUCGUAAUGGUUUUAGCUACCACGUUAUAACAUGUGUGCUUCUUCAUCA